AGAGCAUGGGUGCCUUAGAUUCUCAGGACAAAGUCUUCAUGGGAGCAACAUUUGGUACAGCGGUGGUGGGUGUGGUACUGAUAACCAUUGGCUUUGUCCUGCGAUUUGGCCGCGGUUUUGGGACCUUUUUCGAUUAUGCGCGGAGGGAUAACGACUUUUUGGAGCUGAAACGUCUCGAUAUGAUAUUUGGCUUGUUCGUAGCGGCUGCUUGUGUGCUCGUGCUUAUGUUCUUCGUCUCAAUCAUCGCAACCGUUCGGAGGAAUAAAUUCUUGCUGCGAGCGUACUGUGCAGUGAUAGCGCUGAUGGUGGUCAUUCAACUUGUAGCCGGACUUCUGGCCUUUACUUACUCCGACCAAAUCAAUCAACUGGCUUCCGACGACAUUCUUUACGAGUCGCUUAAUAAGGCUGCAUCACGAUACAAUAAACCCCAUCCGACUGAUGAUGAGACUCUAUUCUGGAUCCACACACAAGAUAAGUUCGGCUGUUGCGGCGUUCUGAGUUCGAAUGACUGGAAAUUCACGGAGGCUCAGCUGCAAGAAUACUCUUGUUAUAGACCUCAUUACGACAUUGGAUGUGAAAAGCAGAUUCACUCGCGGAUGUCCGCCGAUGCGCAAUACCUCGGGGCAGCUUCGAUGGGUGUGGUCGUCGUGGAGAUCAUCGCAAGUUUUCUGGCUGGUUAUCGAGCUUACAAUUUGGCACAUCCAGACGACGGCUUUUGAUUCGAACUAGUCAGUAGCCAUCACAUUUAUUUGGAACUGAGUUAUAAAUUUCUCAAAAACUCAAUGAUAAUCAGUCUUUUUAUGUCCACUCAAAAUAUAUAAGAUAGAUUAAGCCGCAUACCUGCUGAGGUUGAGAA